ACAGUGUUUACAUAUCGCAGAGGCUGUGAGAUUAUCAUCACCGUUCGCAGAAGCAGUAUUAAUUUGUGAGAGAGAGAGAGUUAAAGAGGAAGAAAGAAGCAUCACUUUUUUUGGGGGCAGAAGAGAAGAGAAGAUAUUACUGUAUUUGGGAAGUGAGAGAGAUGGAGCAGGAGAUCGGGAAAUCAGCAAAACCAAAAGCCAAGAAGGAAUUUGCACAAGGGAGGUUGAUUGAUACAUAUGCUGCACAAUGCGAGAAGUGUCACAAGUGGAGGGUCAUUGAUAGCCAAGAAGAGUACGAGGACAUCAGAAGCAAAAUGCUCGAAGACCCUUACCACUGUGAGAAGAAACAGGGCACUUCUUGUGAAGACCCUGCUGAUAUCGACUACGAUGCCUCUCGCACUUGGGUUAUCGACAAGCCUGGUGUCCCCAAGACUCCUAAAGGUUUCAAGCGGAGCUUAGUUCUACGGAAAGAUUACUCUAAGAUGGACACUUACUACAUCACUCCUACCGGGAAAAAGCUCAGGAGUCGCAACGAGAUUGCUGCUUUCGUUGAGGCUAAUCCUGAAUUCAACAACGCACCACUCGGUGACUUUAAUUUCACUGUCCCUAAGGUUAUGGAAGACACUCUUCCUCCUGAUGCUAAGCUUGGCUCUCCUGUUGGUGCUACCUCUACUGCUACUUCUAAGAAGACCCCUCUCAAGCAGACUCGAGACUAAUCAUCAUAUGUUGUGCGGCUCAUCCAGUUUGUUCCAUUUUUCUUUUGUUUCUUCUCAUCCCUUAAACAAUGCUCUUGGAGUUUUGUGUAAAUUUGAUGUUCUCUUAAAACUUUUAUGAAAGCUGGGGAUGAUCUCUCGUGACUGCUUUAACUGGGAACUCAAUUUCAAUCUAAAUACUCCUCGUAAGAGAUUUAUAAGCA